AUGGCCCGUCCAAUUGUACACGAUUCUUCAUCUUCAUCCCUAUCGUCGACUCGUAUGCAGUCAGCUCCGAUCAACAUCGCCUAUGCCAACAGAUACGAUCACGCUUCAUAUGUUGAGCAAUGGCACUGGAACCUUCGUCGUCAGGAAGACAUCAGUGACGAUGAGGACGAUAUCGAGCAGAAUCAGCAAACCGAUGACGAUGAGGACGAUGUAUUUAUGAUGUUGCAAGACGGAUUCUCUGGAUACAUGAUUGAAGAUGCUCCGUCUACUUCUUCCCGUAUGGUCCAACCAGCUGAUAUUGCCAAACCAGAAGAUGACGUCACUACCGCCGCCGCUCCAGCUGUUGCCGAACAAAAAACACAAGAAAUGACCUCCGAGAUAACGCCAGAGAAGAUUGCCCAGAUGAGUGAAGACGUUUUCGAACAGCUGUUGGCUGAGAACGAGCUCCAAUUGCGACAACUGAUCAGACGCGUCUCGAAUCGCCAUCUUGUACUCAACUGA